CAAGCCCGACGCCACAUGCCCACCACAGCAGGAACUAGACAACGCCGCCGCGCUAGACUAGCCGCAGGGUUCGCCGCUCCGGCGUCGAGGACACGCAGCCACAAUUCACAAAUACUGGCACGCAUGUUCUACUCGUACGACAAGCAGGAUUUGAGCCAUACCUGGUCGAGCGCCAGCUCCAUAAACGCCGUAGCCGACAUUGGUUGGGCACGAAGGGCCGUGGGCCGGGCCCUGAGAGCCCAUGUACUUCGUCGUCUUCUGACUGGGCAACAAAGCGGGGUGGGUGCCGCCGGGUCUCACCCACCAGCGGCGGAGAUGGGUGGUGGUGCCGCGAGGAGGGUUCUCGAGGCGUGGAGGCUCGGGGUGGUCAAGUACGGCGACGCCCUCAGGCUCCAGGAGAGGCUCGUCGCCGACCGGAGAGCCGGCCGGGUCCCGGACCUCGUGCUCUCGCUGCAGCAUCCGCCUACCUACACCCUCGGCAAGCGGCGCACCGACCACAACCUGCUCGUGCCGGAGUCAAGCCUCGCGGGCCUCGGCGCCGAGCUCUACCGCACGGAGCGGGGCGGCGACGUCACCUUCCACGGCCCGCGCCAGGCCGUCCUCUACCCCAUCCUCUCGCUCCGGGACAUUGGGCUGGGCGCGCGGAGGUAUGUCGAGGGGCUCGAGUCCGCCAUGAUCGAGGUGGCCUCUCUGUACGGCGUCAAGUCGCGGCCGGGGGGCGCCUGCGAGACCGGCGUGUGGGUCGGGGACAGGAAGAUUGGGGCCAUCGGGGUCAGGAUCUCGUCAGGGUUUACCUGCCAUGGCCUGGCCUUCAACAUCGACCCUGAUUUGGGGUACUUCAAGCACAUCGUGCCCUGCGGCAUUGCUGACAAGGAGGUCACGUCGCUGCGGCGGGAGGCGGCAGUGGAACUCCCUCCUGACGAGGUGAUCCAUGAGCAGCUCGUGCAGAGCUUGGCGACAACCUUCCGUUUCAGUGAUGUUAAAGUCAAGGAUGAUUCAGAGUGUGCAGACAUGAUUAGCUCAGCUGCAACUGGGCAACACUGAUAUGUAUUUUGCUCUUUGUACUUUUGUAUACUGGGAUUUUGCCUCAACACCUUGUUAUAAACUUUUGGGUUUCAAAAUUUUCCUCUGAUAAUGUUCGUCGCAAA